UAGAAUUGAUUUUUAAAUUAUGUAAGUCUAAGAGUCAGAGGUUUAUAAGCGUAUAAAGCUCCUUGGAUCGGGAGCUUAUGGAAAAGCAUAUGUGGCUGAGAGUAUUAGAGACGGUCAGCUAUGUGUAAUUAAAUAAAUAGAUGUGUCUUUCAUGAAGCAGGAUGAGAUUGCAGUAAGAGUAUAUUAAUUAUUAUAGUAAGCAUAUAGAGAGGCUAAAAUAAUGUCCACAUUGAAACAUCCCAAUAUCAUUAAUUUUAGGGAGGUAUACAAAACCAAGAAGGGUAAAUUGUGUAUUGUUAUGGAUUAUGCUGAUGGUGGUGAUUUGGCUUAGAAGAUAAAACAAACACAAGGUUCUUUGUCAGAAUCUCAAGUACUUGAUUGGUUCACUCAAUUGAGUUUGGCUGUCAAGUAUUGUCAUGAUCGAAAGAUCCUUCACAGAGACAUAAAGGCAUCAAAUGUGUUUUUAACAAAAGAAGGAAUGGUGAAGUUGGGAGAUUUCGGCAUUGCUAAGAUUUUAUCAACCACAUCUCCUUGUGCAAAAUCAGUUAUCGGUACACCAUAUUACAUGGCUCCUGAGAUGUUUGAGAAUCAACCCUAUGGAUUUAAAUAAGACAUCUGGUGUUUGGGAGUAGUUCUUUAUGAAAUGUGCAAUAAACGACCGCCAUUUGAAGGUGAUAACAUCGCCUAACUUGCUUUGAAAGUAGUUAGAUGUGAAAUAACUCCCACUUUGGAGUGUUAUUCAAGCAAAUUAAGAAGGUAUGCAAUUGCAUUCACUUCUAGCACAGUUUAAUAGGGAAACUUCUCUCUGGUAAAGAGCAUCGUCGACCAGCUAUCAAUGAGAUUUUACGAGAGUAAUUAAUCAGAGAUAGAAUCAAGUCUUUUCUAAGUGAAACACUCUAAAAGGAAUAAUAGGUGAUUGAUCAAGCAUCAAAAGCCAAACGAUCUGUAUAAUAAUUGCCUCAAUUGAAAAAACGAGUGGCUACUCCCAAAUAAAGAGCCAGUCCUAGUGUUCACAAAUUGCCUGAAAUCAAGAGAACCAUUGAUACUCCUGAUUUCAGUAAAAGAGUACAGUUGAAAUAGAAUCAAUCCAUUAUUCCCACCUAAUCUCCGAGAAGACAGUCUCCCAGAAGAAAGAAUCAAUUAUCAGAAGGUCCUGAAACUCCGAACAUAAUGAUGAAAUCGCCUUCACUGAACAUCAGGAUUCAAAGCGGUAAGGUACUUACAGACAAGCAUUUUUAAUUGAAGAAACAAAUCAAGUCAUUUGAUCGUUAAUAGAGUGGGAGACAAUUAGUGAAUCACUCCAGCAACAUAUUUUUUAGUCCAAAAAGAAAGUAAUAGGAAGAGGAGGAGAAAGUGUUAGACCCCAUUGAGGAGGCUGAUAGUACUCCUUUGACGUUGACUAAAUCGAAUAUUGAAUUUCAGGAUUUCAAUAAUUCGAUUGAGGAAAGACGGAAGAAGAAUAAAAUUAUUUAUAAAGACCCUUUUAAAAAGGAUGAUGAAAUGAGUCAAAUGAUUUCAUAAUUGCAAGAGAUAGUUGAAGAUGAUUUUGACAAUCCGCCAAUCAAUGAGUAGAUUAGAGUAUAAUACAAUUAAUUAUUAUUUUAGAAUCUCAAGGCUAGAUUGAUCUAAAAGUUGGGUAGACAUUUCGAAGAAGUCUUUAGGUAAUGUUUACAGGUUUUUAAAAAGAAUGGUGAUCUUGGCCAAAAUGAAAUGAUUGGCAUUCUAUAGCAAAGAUUCUCUGGUGUCUCAAUUAAGAAGGUCUCUGGUAUUGCAACUCUAAUUCUCACCCUCAUUAUCUAAACGAAAGGAGAAACCAUCAAUACUGAAUUUUGA